AUGAGCUUGGAUGACGAUCAAGGAACACUUCUUGUUCAAUGCGUAUGUUGUGCUAUUCGUGUACAUAUUAAAUGCUACGGUGUGAGUAUCGUGGACGGUGAUACAUCCUCAUGGCUUUGUCAAGCUUGUGAGUCAGCUGCUUCAGAUCCAUCGCCACGCCCGAAACCACAAUGCGCUGUGUGUCCCAUUGCGGGUGGCGCAUUGCGGCUUACGGACCAGUGCGAUGUAUGGUGUCAUGUUCUUUGUCUCAAUUGGAUACCAGAGCUGUACCAUAGCUUGACAGGUGCCAUGGAUGAGGCUGUGCAAAUCGCACUACUGGAUAAGAGUCGCAGCACUUUACGCUGUCUCAUCUGUGGACUGCGCGGUGGAUGUAUACAAUGUGUCAGCGGGCGUUGCGCCAAGGCAUUUCAUGUGCUCUGCGCGUUCCGUGCGCCAUCAAGUAUACUCUUUACAGGUUACAAUUUACAGAAUCAGCAGGUCUAUCACUGCAGGACGCAUCUAUCUGAUGUGGAUUCAACCAAGUUUGAAAUGGUUGACAAUUCGUGGCGUACACUACCCGAAGUCCAGCAAUACGUCGAUGCGCAUCCAAAGACAUCCGAACCAAAGUGUCGGUUUUGUGGAAAUAAAGUAACAUUGCCAAAUAAAGACGCACACGAGACACAGUGUCUACUUGGAUGGAAAGCACGUUCUGAUGCUCACAAAAGAAAGCAAGAGCUACAUCGAUUAGGAGCAAAGGCUGCUGAAAUCUCUUAUGUGCUUCAUGACAAAUCGCCAGGCAAGAAACGAGGGGGCAAGACAAACGGAUCAAGUAGUCCUGAAGCACGCAAAGAUUUACGGAAUGGACAUGGCAAGUGGAAGCGACAGGAAGCGUCGAUGCGGCCAUGUCCAGAGUGUAAAGAAGAGAUCAAACAGACAUUGAUGAUGGGGCAUUUGAGAAAUAGCUGUCCUAAGCGGCGAAAAGCCAUGAAGCGCAAGAUGCCACACCGCAAUGGCUUGCACGAAGAUAUCGAGGGAACGGACAUGACAGAUGUUUUGUUUGCUUCUUGGCCAGGACAAAGUAGUGGUGCGCCUAUGGAUUCAACGCACUUUUGGAAGGUGGUAGACCGACAUUUUUACAACAGCAGCAUUUUAGAGAAAAAGCGGAUGGGACAACUGUCGAAAAAUUUAUGUGGUGUUAGAUUAGAAGACCUGGCUAAAGCAGCACGUCGAAGGCCUUUGCAGGCGUCGGAUAUUCAUUGUCGAGAUACAAUACGCUUGGAACGGGAGGCCGAGGAUCCAUCGCAGACGCUGAUGUUGAAGAAGUGUACGCACAAGUGCGAUUUUUUGAUGCGAACCAGUCAUUGUCGAUGUUUGAGCGAUCCUCUGGCUGAGCCUAUGAUUGCAAUUCGCCCUUAUUUUAAGUGUAAUCAAGUAAUUGAAUCGGAUACUGCGGUUGUGUUGGACGGCGCCGAAGCGACGAUGUGGGUCCGAUUUAUGAAUGGAGAAAACAAAAUCAUUAAUUGUAAAUACUCGAUGCGUGUUGCCCGGGAUGCCGAGUUAAUGAAUCGACAUGCAGCGGAGAAUGGAACAUUCGCAACGACCUUUCAGCAUGAUGCCGUUUCGACACUGACCGGAUUUGAUAUGCAAACAAAAAGAGCUCCUCUGGCAAAUGAGAACAAGUUGCUUAUCUCGCUCGACACCUGUAGUGAAGUAAAAGAAGCAUUACCUAACAAUGAUCCGGAGACUUCGCCUCAAGAGCUCCCCAUAGAUAUCUUUUCUAACAAUUCUCCAAUGACUGAUGAAUUUACACCUGCGAUCAAUCUUCUCAUGGAACAUCACAAAGACACAACAGAGCAAAAUCGCUAUUGUAUUCGUAUGUUGUAUAAGAAGCUGCAAAUUGAGGAAAGCCAAAAUAGUAAGUUCCGGCUACUAUCACAGAUGACCGACUCAUACUAUACUGAGUUUGCUGCGUGGAAACGACUAUGUUUAAGCUUAGUAUCAGGCUUCACCUUUGGAGAAGAAAACAAUUCAUACCAUGUUGACAGCGACGAGCAAGAGGAGCUUACAGAAGACGAGGAUGACACAGUUGAUGACGGAACGUGCGUCGUGUGUUUCGAUGGCCAGUCACCUGAAACAAACCCAAUCAUUUUUUGUGAUCGUUGCGAACUUGCGGUUCACCAGCGCUGUUACGGAAUGGCUAAAGUACCUAGCAGUGAAUUCAUUUGCGAUCGAUGUCGAUCCACACACGAAGGACAUGAUCCAGCCAUCGAUGUGUUUUGUCAACUCUGUUCUUUAGGGGAUGGUGCAUUUAAACGUACUGUUGACGGCAAAUGGGUGCAUAUAGUAUGUGCGUUGUGGUGUCCAAAAGUUUGGAUUGGAAACCUGUCUGAAUUGUCGGAGAUAAGCCUCGUUGGUCCGCUAAAUCAAGCUCGGUUUAUCAACCCGGUUGAAGAUAUCGACGCGAAAUUUGCUCAAGCUUUGGGCAGAUCACAUAUUUGUUCGCGACAUGAUGAGGUCCACACUUUGGAGCUGGGAAGUCUGUGUGUGCACUGUCGAGUUGCCUGUGGACGCACGAUACAAUGCUGUCACCAAGGAUGCUCCACGUCGUUUCAUCCGCUUUGUGGAUGGUUUGACGGGUUACCUAUGACGAUUUCUCUUCGAGACGAGCGAUAUAUGUACGCCGGCGGUGGAGCUGGAUUGCACUUUCAACUUUUUUGCUCAAAUCAUUUGCCGAAAGAUUAUUCUACGUCAGAUCAGACUACGAUGAGACGUCGGCGAGCGCGAUUUCGCAUCGACUCGUAUUUUGUCAUGCGAAACAAAGUCAACUUCAGUAGCGCCGCGAACAAAAAUGCAGACGACGAGUCGUCCUUGUUGUCCGGAUCGAUUGUCCAGGCAGUGCUUUCGGCAGAAAAGAAGGCAUGCGGAACCGGAGUAAAUUCUACUGCAACCGAUUGGACAGAUAUGACGGUCUGUUCGGCGUGCUUUGAAUACUGUGCACCGAUUGUUGGCAUGCUCACUGACGUCAACAUGCUGCACCGAAGGCAAUUUAUGAUUCGCUGUCAGUAUUGCAAUAUUUACAUCCAUCCCGAGUGCUGCAUAUCUGACAUCGGAUCAUCUGCCUCAAUAUUUCAAAGUAACUGGAUCUGUGAGCGUUGUACACAAACUGGGGGCAUCGAUGUGCCAGGAUGCAUCGUUUGUGCAAAAGUGACCGAUUACUUGAUGCCGUGCGUGAACCCUGCUGUCGCGACGACCCUGUCAAAUGGAAAAAAUCCGUCAGGCUUAAAAAUAACAUGGAAUGGUGAGCAGCAUUCUUGGUUACAUGCUCAUCAGAGUAUCCAGCAACAGCAGCAAAAUUCGAUAGAUGUAAAUAGAAGUAGUAUUGCCUUUCAGCCUCGGGCACAGGAAAGCGUAGGAAUGGCAUCUAAGCCUGCGGAAAGCCGAUGGAUUCACGUCUACUGCGGCAAGUGGCAGAAGGUGAAGACGGUCAAGAGGCAUCAUAUGCUUUGUGCGUAUGCUUCAACUUUUAAAUUGGAUGGUGCGGCCUCCCGAUGCGAGCUUUGUGACAAGAGAGAGGGAGUGCUGGCAAGUUGCACUUACUGUCAUCGUCGCUUUCAUCCGAUUUGUGCCGCCCAGAAGAAACUCUAUUGCGCUCGCUCAAAUCGCACCGAAUGGAAGUUUUAUUGUGAAAAUCAUCCACCACCAGAUGCAGCAUUCGAUUCAAAUCGCCAAUCAUGGAUCACUCAGGAAAUCCUUGGUCAAUUACAGGAUUUGCGGCAAUCACUUGAGCGGGGUCGAAUGUUGCUAGAAAUGGCCCGUCAACGAGAUCGCCAACAUAAACGGCUAUUAAACCUGUGUAAGCUACCACUUAUGGAGACCUCUAUUGAAGUGGUGCUAAAAAAGCGACCAAGCCCUCAAAUGAAGGAAAUUUAUCAUGAUCUCACAGGAGAAGUGUUGACUGACGUACCGCAUCGUCCUAAUGCACCACGUAAUUCGCGCAGUCGCGUCAAAACUAGUCAGCGAGUUGUGGGUGAUGAUCGAACUUCUAAUGUAGCAAAGGAAUUUGCUACACCACCAGAACGACGUCUUAAGCGUCAAAGAACACGAAGUGAUUCUAACGAAUCGAUUCAUAGUGAUCACAAUGCACGUCGGAGCUCUAGGCGAAAGUCUAUACGCUUUAACCAAGAGAGCUUUAUUUAUGAGGGCAAAGCAAGCGAAGAGGAUGACCUUGAGGCUUUCGAGACAAUAUGGACAAAUCUUGUGGUGCCGCAAAAAUUUGAUGCGUUUGAUUUUGUUGUCGCGAAGCAUUUUCCUGAACUAAUGGAUUAA